AUGAAGCAGCUGGUGAUUUUUGUCUUGCUUGGCAUGUGCUCACAGGUUGCAGCCCAAACAGAUAUCCAAGUAUCUGUGUUUUCAGCAACAUCCAAGACCGUGAUUCUCCGAUGGACCAGGGUCUCAGGAGCCACUUCAUACAAGAUCACAGUCGCCCCCCAAAGCUCACCAAGCAGCCCCAUCGCUUUUGCCACAUUUGGUCCAAACACAGUGCUAGGCUCUGUUAACUCUCUGUCCACCAACACUAUGUAUGUAUUCACCAUUGAAGCUCUGGAUGAUUCCCAGGGAACACUGAGCAGUGCAACUGUUGAGUCCUCUUCAGCCCCUGAGAUGAUGGAUCCCAUCAAGACUGUGAAGCCAAAGGAUAGCACGACCUUGAUGGUCGACUUCGGCUUGAGGACCGGGGCGACUCAUUACAUCAUACGAGUCCAGAACGCAGAUGGCUUCUACAGGGAAGACACGGUGUCCUCGUCCCCCGCUGAGAUUGAGUCCCUCACACCAUACACUGAGUACACGCUCAGCAUCAUGGCGGUGAACGGCGGAGGCCGCAGCCAGCCUUCUCUCCCUGUGACAGGAAAGACAGUUUUGCCUCCUCUUCAGUUCUCCUCCACCUCCUCCCCCACUAACGACAGCCUCACUGUAUCCUGGGACCAUGUUGCUCACUCUGUACAGUACACCCUGUCCAUUUACAAGAUGGGCUCAAACACCAGCUUAUCGCACAUCACCUCCAACACCAAUACGACCAUAUCCGGCCUGGAUGCUGGCUCGCUCUACUUCAUCAGGGGUUUUGCCUGGGACCUCGAAGGUCGAGAGGGAGAGGCCAGUUUGUACAUCAACCAGACGACACGACCUCCAACACCAUCUUCUGUCAAUGUCUCUGUGGUGAUGAGUAACAGCAUGGCCGGACUCUCUGUGUCCUGGGAACUCGAUCAGCAGGUCUACGGACCCAUCCAGUACCAUGUGAUGAGUGACCAGAACCUCACAUGUAACUCCAUGACCAGCUCCUGCACCUUGUCGGCCGUGGGCUGCGGAGAGGUACACACUAUCCAGGUCACUGCAUCGAACGAGGCCGGGCCCAGUCACCCAUCCAGCCCUGUGGUAUUCGUCACCUUUCCUUGCCCACCAGAGUCUCUGGUUCUCGUGGAGCCGUCAGAGGGAAACUGCACGCUGACAUGGGACACGAUGCCUCAUGCUGACAGCUAUGCCGCCUUCAUCAAGAGAAGUGAUGGCAGCGAGGAGAGCUGCAACACCACCAGCAACAACUGCACCUACCACUGCGAAUGUGGCUACACGUUCCUGAUGUCAGUUUUCGCAUUUAACCAGGCUGGCAGGAGUCCGCAAGGAGAGGUUCUCAACUACACCACCUUACCCUGUUGUCCAGAGGGUGUAUCCAUCUCAGCGGUGAGCACAGACACUUUGGAGAUCAUGUGGACGGCCUCAAGAGGGGCAGAGCUGUACCAGACCCGAGCUGCGGACAGUGCAGAGGUCAUCCUGUGUAAUGACACGGCGCCGGUGUGCGCCCUCUCUGACCUCAGCUGCGACAGUCCAUACAGUGUGGUGGUGACACCCUGCAAUGAAAUCAGUGGAUGCAACGGUGCAUGUAAAGCUCACACGAAGGAAACGGCUCCCUGCAUGCCAGUGAAUCUGAUACUGGAUCCGAAGAACUCCUCCUCAGUCAGUGUCAGCUGGACAGCAAACAACAGGGCUGCUACAUACACUGUGAGCGCGCUGGGAGAUGACGGUGUUCAUACCUGCACCACCAGUGGAAACAGCUGUGACAUCACUGACCUUCCCUGUGGCUCCACCUAUGAAGUCAGCGUCAUAGCAGCCAGCGCCGCCGGCCAAAGCUUACCCAGCUACUCUGACUCUCUGGAAACAGAGCCCUGUUGCCCGGUGAAUCUAACAGUGGAUCAGGUGACUCAGGCGAUGACCAACGUCUCGUGGUCUCAUGCCAAAGGAGCCCAUUCGUUCAUCACUUCUCUGACUUCAACACGUGGUCACGCCCGUUGCCACACCAAGGACUCCCACUGCCUCAUGGGGUGCAUCACCUGCGGGACCAACUACACCGUCACCAUGGAGGCGUACAGCCACAGCGGGCGAAUGUCCAACUGCACCUAUCAGGGCUUCUCGUCCAGUGCCUGCUGUCCGUCAGGCGUCAGGCUCUACAGGAUGGCGGGUAACUCUCUGCGGGUUUACUGGCGCAGUGCAGGCGGCAGCCACAGCUACAUCACAGAGAUGGUGGCCAGCAGCAACAACUACACCUGCACUGCGUCUCCCGGGGAGAACAGCUGUGAUGUGGGUAACGUCCAGUGCGGGGACGUCUAUAAUGUGGUGGUGGCUCCGCUCACACCAGAGGGAAGCAAAGUCCUGUUCUGCCCUCAGAGGCUGUACUCAGUCACCUGCUCAGGGAACAACGUUGGCACAGUGAUUUACAGAGGGAAGAGAAGUUUGGACUAGCACACG